CCCUGCGGGGGACAGUCCGCCCGCCCGGGGUGACGACAAGCCCCCACCGGUACCCUGGGCUCCGGCGCGCAGGCGCAGAGGCUCCGGCGCAGCCCCGCCCCCCCCCGCAGCUACCAGGGGCGGCACCAGCGGUGCGUAACUUCCCAGUCGGGACUGUCUCUGCGAGCGCGCCGGUGUCGCCCCGGGGAUUCCUAGGCAGCAGUCCCGAGUCGGGCGGUGGCCCAGCAGACCCGGGGAGGAGGCUCGGCCCCAGCGGCGACCGCGCUCGCGGAGGGACCCAGGAUGGUGUGCCAGCUGCUGCUGCUAUCACUGCUGUGGCUGCUCUGGGCGUCCGCGAGAGCAGGGACCGGGACGGUCGAUGUGCAGGCUCCAGAGCAGGUGCUCGGCUUCCCGGGCGACACGGUGGAGCUCAAGUGCAACCUGCCCCCCCUGGAACACAAAGUGCAGGUGACCCAGGCGACCUGGACGCGGCGCACCGCGGCGGGGGACGACGUCAACGUGGCGGUCUUCCACCCCACACAGGGCUCCAGCUUCCCCGAGCCCGGGCGGCUGGAGUUCGUGGCCGCCAGGCGGGGCGAGGAGCUGCGGGACGCGACGCUGGCCCUUCGAGGGCUGCGCCUGGAGGACGAAGCCAAUUACACCUGCCGCUUCGCCCUGUUCCCGGACGGCAGCAAGAGCGCGCGCAUCCGGCUUCGCGUGCUGGCCCAGCCGGAGAACAAGGCUGAGCCCGAGGAGGUCCCGCUCGGCCCGCUCGGCCCGGGGCCCGUGCCCGUGGCCCGCUGCACGUCCCGUGGAGGCCGCCCGCCCGCCCGGAUCUCCUGGUCACUCCCGGGCGGGAAGGCCAAUGAGAGCCUGGUGCCAGGACACCUGCCUGGCACAGCCGAUGUCGUCAGCCUCUUGACCAUCAUGCCCUCCAGCCAGGCGGACGGCCAGAACGUCACCUGCCGAGUGGAGCACGAGAGCUUCAAGAAGCCCGUCCUGCUGCCCGUGACCCUCGCUGUGCCUUACCCGCCCGAGGUUUCCAUCUCCGGCUAUGAUGAUAACUGGUACCUCGGCCACAGCGAGGCCACCCUGACCUGUGACGUCCGCAGCAAACCAGAGCCCACGGGCUACAACUGGAGCACGACCCAGGGUCCCGUGCCACCCUCUGCUGAGCCCCAGGGCUCACGGCUCCUGAUCCGUACCGUGGACAAGUCAAUCAACACCACUUUCGUCUGCCGCGUCACCAACGCCCUAGGGACUGGCCAGGCAGAACUGACCGUCCUGGUGACAGCAGAGUCUCCAAAGGAGGUGUCACAGAGAGGCCUGUCCAUCGUCCUGAUCAUCCUGAUUGUGGUCAUAGUGGUCCUGGUGGUGCUGCUGAUUUUGUGGUGGCUCAGACGCUCCCGUCGGGCCCGAAACAGCUCCUCUGCCAAUGGGUGCAUCACCUACACCGCAGUGGACCUUAACGGUGGCUCUUUCCAGGACCCGCCCACAGAGAGCUCGAAGUGACAGCAUGGUGACAGUGUCAUCAUCAUCGUCAUCAUCGGGACUGCUGGAGAGAGAGACUAGGGGUGGGGAGGACAGGGCCUCCCCGCCGGCCUCUGCCCCAGUGGGGGAGGCCUCCCUCCAAAGACACUGGCCGCCUUCCUCAUGCCAGACCUACCUCGAGAAUGUCCCCUCUGCCCCGCUGGGCCGUGGCCGGUGCAGGUCCGGGUGUCCCCGCCACCGCCCUCGGUUCAGGUAUCCCUGAAAGGACCCCCAGACCCCGGGUAACACUUGCAGCUUCAGGUCCUCAUGGCGAGAGUAUGAUUCAGGUCAGCAGCGUGGGUGAAGGGCCCCUGGGGGCACCGGCCCAGACAGACCCCGCAGCCGCUCUCCGUCCCCCCCGCUCGGCGGCACUGACUUCUCCCAGCGACGGUGUGCGACAGCACGACAGGGUCCCGCCGUCCAGGGAAGGACACCGAGGUUGGACGUCCGCAGUUUGGUGGCAGUGUCUCUGCCAGGGCCCCCUCAUGGGAGGGACGGCCGAGCACCCGCGGAGCUGACUGUGAUCUCCAACACCUCUGUAGCUCAAGGCGCCGCUGUAUGAUUAUUUUCAACUAUUUAUUAUUAUUUUUAAUUUACAUCCAAGUAAGCUAACGUAGAGGGUAAUAAUGAUCUCAGGAAUAGAAGUUACAUAUGCCACCCGGUGCUCCUCCCAACAGGGAGUCCCCAUUAAUGCCCCUCUACUAGAUAGCGCAGCCCCCCAACACCCCACCAGCGACCCUCAGUUCAUUCUCCGUAUUGCACAGUCUCUCACGGUUUGGUCUCCCUCCCUGUUUUUAUAUUAUUUUUGCUUCCCUUCCCACUAUAUUAUUUUUUUAAGUUUAUUUAU